AUGCAGGUUGUUCCCCGGCAGGUAGACCCCACACCAGGUCGUUCCCCGUCAGGUAGACCCCCACACCAGGUUGUUCCCCGUCAGGUAGACCCCACACCAGGUCGUUCCCCGUCAGGUAGACCCCCAAACCAGGUCGUUCCCCGGCAGGUGGACCCCAAACCAGGUCGUUCCCCGUCAGGUAGACCCCCACACCAGGUUGUUCCCCGUCAGGUAGACCCCCCAAACCAGGUCGUUCCCCGGCAGGUAGACCCCCCAAACCAGGUCGUUCCCCGGCAGGUGGACCCCAAACCAGGUCGUUCCCCGGCAGGUAGACCCCCAAACCAGGUUGUUUUCCGGCAGAUGGACCCCAAACCAAGUCGUUCCCCGGCAGGUAGCCCCCAAAUCAGGUUGUUUUCCGGCAGAUGGACCCCAGACCAGGUUGUUCCGCGGCAGGUAGACCCCAAACCAGGUCGUUCCCCGGCAGGUAUCACGGAAUAA